AUGCAGAAACCACGACCUAAACAAGGCAUCCUGGCGGAGCAGUAUGGCGUCGCGCAAAAUACGAUUUCUGAUAUUUGGUGCAAUAAAGAUAAAUGGCUUUCUAUCAAUGAUGAUGCACCUUUAUCUAAGAAAAAGAAAAUCCGACCCUUAUCCUAUCCCCAAAUUGAAUCUGCAUUAGCUAUCUGGCUUAAUAUGGCAGUUAACAAUCAUAUUACUAUCACUACUGACAUUCUUAAGCAGAAAGCAAAGGAUUUUGCUGUUCGCCUUGACAUUGAUCAUUUUACAGGGUCAGCUGGCUGGAUCUCAAGUUUUAAACAUCGUUAUAAUGUACGGUCAUACUUAAAAUCUGGUGAAGGGGACAGUGCUCCUCAAGAAAGUCUCGAAGAAGAACGUGCGAAGUUGCAUGACAUAAUAACAUGGCAGUCAGUUAAGGAAGAUACCAUUAGAAAUUGUUGGUGUAAAACUGGUAUUCUACCAGAUUCGGGGGGGGAACUGUUAGCAGAAAUCGAAUCAGAUACCGAGAGUGUUCAACAGUUAAUUGAUAAACUAGGCUUUGAAGAACCAAUGACGGCAGAAGAAUAUAUUAACAUUGAUGAUAGUGUAAUAACUGGAGGAGGCCUGACAGAUGAAGAAAUUGUGGAAGUG